AAAAAAAAAAUCAUUGAAAAUUGAGUACCUCCUAGGUUCUUUUCCUAGAAAUAGAAAUGAUAUGAAUCGCAGACAAAAAUCUCAAAUAUCAAAAAUGGCUGUCAAAAAUUAAUUUUAUAUAAAAUAGAAAGAUCCAUGUGCUAAGCUUCUCUGUCACAAUCUCACACAAUUUCACGAUCCAAACUCACACACAAACCCUAUUUCUCCGACACCGACGAUGAGCUGGUGGUGGGCUGGAGCUAUCGGCGCUGCAAAGAAAAAAUUGGAUGAAAAUGAAGCACCGCCGAAUUACCAGAGCGUCGCUCUGGUGGUGGGGGUGACCGGAAUCGUGGGGAACAGCAUGGCGGAGAUCCUGCCGCUCGCCGACACCCCCGGCGGGCCAUGGAAGGUUUAUGGGGUGGCGCGGCGCCCCCGCCCCUCCUGGAACGAGGAUCACCCGAUCAAAUACAUCAGCUGCGAUGUUUCCGAUUCCGACGAUGUCGAAGCGAAGCUCUCCCCUCUCACCGAUAUCACCAACAUUUUCUAUGUGACUUGGACUAACAGAUCCACUGAGAAGGAGAAUUGUGAAGCUAAUGCCAAAAUGUUGAGGAAUGUGCUGAGUGUUGUGAUCCCUAAUUGCCCCAAUUUGAAGCAUAUCUGUUUGCUUACUGGUAGGAAGCAUUAUGUUGGUCCAUUUGAGAGGUUAGGGAAGAUUCAAGCUCAUGAUCCACCGCUUACUGAGGAUUUGCCUCGAUUGGAUUGCCCGAAUUUCUACUAUACCCUGGAGGACAUUCUGUUUGAGGAGGUUGGGAAGAAGGCGGGCUUGACUUGGUCUGUGCACAGGCCCGGGAUCAUAUUCGGCUUCUCUCCGUAUAGCAUGAUGAAUUUGGUUGGGACGCUUUCUGUGUAUGCCGCUAUCUGCAAGCAUGAGGGUGCGGUAUUGAGGUUUCCGGGUUGCAAGGCUGCUUGGGAUGGAUACUCGGAUUGCUCGGAUGCAGACUUGAUUGCGGAGCAUCAGAUAUGGGCGUUCCAUAAAUUUUGUGUACAUGUCUGCUCUGUGCUUUGUGAAUGA